GAUAGGAACCGAUAUAUUCGGACAAAUAAAGCCUCCACAUAUCGCUGUUUUUUUCCUUGCAAGAAUAUAAUUUUCAACUUUUCAUUAAUUAAAUAAUAAUAAAAAUGACUGAACCAGUUGAAAGCUCAGAGGUAAAGUCGCCGUCGUACGACUUGUCCAAGUUCCGGCUAAAACGGAUACUGACGAACAACACCGUGAGGAAAAGUAUAUCCCUCCUCGGUACAUUUGAUGACCCAGCUGACGAUGCCAUUGUUGUUCUCGAGAAAAAUGCUUACCGGGAAAGCGAAGUGGCCACGGAGUCGCCAUCACAGGAGUCGGAGUCUCCAAAGAAACCUAGUUAUUUUAGCGCGGAUCUGAAAGUUGACACUGAGUUUGUCAAUAAUAUCUACGGCAGUUAUCAAGUUGUGCCCAGCCGAGAUCUAUGCGGUGUUAAGUGCACUGUCAUUUAUCCCGCCACCGAGAAGCACAUCGAAAAAUAUUCCGUAUGCCAGAAGUACCUCAUUCGGGAGACCCCUGAUCUGUACCAAAGGAUAACGCUUCAAUAUCUCACCUCCAGCCAGUUUUCCCUUGAGUGGGUCUAUAACAUACUCGAGCACAAGCAGGAGAAGGAACGUAUCGUGUUUGAGGACAAGGAUCCGGAGACUGGAUUUAUACUGCUGCCCGACCUCAAAUGGGACGGUCGCAAUAUUGAAACCCUCUACCUGCUGGGCAUUGUUCACAAGCAUGACAUCAAAUCGCUGCGGGACUUGAACGGAAGCCAUCUUGAUCUGUUGCGAAACCUGCGCCAGUCGUCAAAGGACGCAAUCUCCAAGCGCUACGGCAUUAAUCCCAACCAGCUGCGCAUGUACUUCCACUACCAGCCAUCCUUCUAUCACCUCCAUGUGCACAUAAAUCCGGUUCGAAAUGAUGCCCCGGGCAUAUGGUGCGAAAAGUCACAUAUGCUGGAUACUGUGAUUAACAACCUGGAGCUCAUGCCAGACUACUACCAGCGAGCCACCUUGCCGUUUGUCCUGUAUGAAGGCAACAAGCUGUUGGAUCUCUAUGAGCAGGAGCAACCAAUUCGAGUGGUGCCAGCGUUGGGUGAUGAUAAGGAGCAGCCCGAAAAGGAGUCUGCGGACGCCGAACCAGCAGAUGGUUUCAGCGAUGAAGAGCAGGAGGAGAGACAGUGCAAGCGCAUUAAGCUGGCCACUCCGGAGCCCAAAGAGGCCGAAGCUACUAUCCAGGCGUGUGCUUAAGCUUACUUUCCGUAAAAAUAAACGGUGAUGAAAUGCGAAGGGGUCCUACCCAAGAAAGGGGUAUUACUCAAUGAUGAAGCUAAAAUAGAUAUUCAUUAUUAAUUUUUCAAAUCAAAAUAAAAUAUGUAACAUGUUUUGGAAUAUUAGUUACAA